AUGCUUCUGUAUUUCGUUUUCUCUAUCCUCUUUCUCUACUACAAUACACCAUGCUCCGCCGCUCGACCAACGCCUGCAGUCACCACCACGCUGGCUACAGAAGCUGCAACGGCCAAAGAUUCUAACCAUGCGUGGCAAAGCUUUGCGAGCUUCCUCGAUGCAAGGAAAGGCAGCCAUGUCAAGGGAAUAUCGGAGCUCAAAAGAUACUUCCAUCAUUUUGGCUAUCUCCCAUCACAAGAUUUCAAUAACAUAACAGAUAUAUUUGAUGCCCGGUUCGAAACAGCGAUUGUUCGAUAUCAAGCUAAACUCGGUCUUCAAAUUACUGGUAAGCUUGAUUUUGAUACUCUAAAUCAAAUCACGGCACCAAGGUGUGGCGUGCCUGAUGAUGCAAUGUUUCAUAAAUUGCACGCAUCUAGACAUUACAUGUAUUUUCCUGGAAAACCUCGGUGGACACGUAGCAUACCAAUGACUUUGACGUACUCAUUUUCUCAAGAGAAUUUGAUCAAGUCAUUGCGUCUGUCAGAUAUUAAAGAAGUGUUUAAACGCGCUUUUGCAAAAUGGGGAUCAGUAACACCAUUGAGUUUUGUGGAGACAGAAGAUUAUGUUUUUGCCGAUAUUAAAAUAGGGUUUUACAGUGGAGAUCAUGGCGAUGGAGAACCGUUUGAUGGGGUUUUAGGAGUUUUGGCUCAUUCAUUCUCACCUGAAAGCGGGAAAUUUCAUCUUGAUGCAGAAGAAACAUGGGCCAUUGAUUUUGGUUUGGAGAAGUCAAAGGUUGCUGUUGAUUUGGAAUCAGUGGCUGUCCAUGAGAUUGGCCAUUUGUUAGGAUUGGCCCACUCUUCUGCUGAAGAGGCUGUCAUGUACCCUAGUUUGAAACCUAGAAAAAAGAAGCUGGAUUUGAGCGUUGAUGAUAUACAAGGAGUGCAAGCUCUGUAUGGAUCAAACCCUAAUUUCACACUUGGGUCUUUGUUAGAGUCUGAUAUUUCUACAAGUCAGGCUGUUGAUUUAAUUAGAAUCAGAUUAUCUCAGUGGUGGAUAACAUUGGUUGUGGCAUUGAUGCUAGGUUUUACAUGA